UGUGCAGUUGACCUGUCAGCGUUGUAGUGCAAGCUGUCACUGACGCUAAUUUAUUAGUCCUUCUGGAGGUUACAGUCUCCCAGCGGCUGCGACACCCGGGCUCCUCACGCUCAGGACUGUCUGUUCUCACUGUCGCUGCUGCUGUCAGCUAAUCGGCGAGCUAACAGCUAAAGUUAGCUAACGAGCCCACCAACUUGACAGCUAGCUUGCUGGCUAGCUAGCGCUCGACGGUCGCUAGCUGCGUUAGCUAUCCAGACUGCUGCUCGUAGGAGGGGAGGAACCCGCCCACUCCUGCUAAACUAAACAGCCAUUCCGGACAAAAGAGGGAACGAUGGAAGCCGAAGGCUCCAGUGAGAUGCUGCUGACCAGGAAGAGAAGAAGAGAUAGUUCCAAUGGGGACAAAGAUGAGGCCGAGAGGCAUGUGAAAUACCCAAGAUGCACUGUGGGACUGAAGCACCCUGCACCUUUCGCAGAUGAGCUGGAGCCAGCUGAUAAACCCUAUCAGAGGGUCAACAUGGAGACGGCCAAGAGGGGAACACCACCUGACAGACCAGUGCGGGUGUAUGCAGAUGGCAUCUUCGACGUUUUCCACUCGGGUCACGCCAGAGCUCUCAUGCAGGCGAAAUGCCUCUUCCCAAAUACACACCUCAUCGUCGGAGUGUGCAGUGAUGACCUGACCCACACAUACAAGGGCUUCACAGUGAUGAAUGAGGACGAGCGCUAUGAUGCCAUCUGCCACUGCCGCUACGUGGACGAGGUGGUGAGAAACGCCCCCUGGACGUUGACGCCAGAAUUCCUCACAAAACAUCGCAUUGACUUUGUGGCCCAUGACGACAUCCCAUACUCCUCAGCGGGCAGUGAUGACGUGUACAGGCACAUUAAAGAAGCCGGUAUGUUUGCUCCGACCCAGCGGACAGAGGGCAUCUCCACCUCUGACAUCAUCACACGCAUCGUCCGUGACUACGAUCUGUACGUGAGACGCAACCUACAGAGAGGAUACACCGCCAAGGAGCUCAACGUCAGCUUCAUCAACGAGAAGAAAUACCACCUGCAGGAGCGCGUGGAUAAGGUGAAGAAGAAGGUGCGUGACGUGGAGGAGAAGAGCAAGGAGUUUGUGCAGAAGGUGGAGGAGAAGAGCAUCGACCUCAUCCAGAAAUGGGAGGAGAAAUCCAGGGAGUUCAUCGGCAACUUCCUGCAGAUGUUUGGACCCGAGGGAGCUCUGAAACACAUGCUGAAGGAGGGAAAAGGCCGCAUGCUGCAGGCCAUCAGCCCCAGGCAAAGCCCCAACAGCAGCCCCACCCGCGAGGAGCGCUCGCCCUCUCCCACUUUCCGUCUCCCCUUCUUCAACAAGACCUCCCCUCCACCCUCACCCCCGCCCCACCACAGCGGCGCCCGCGGAUACCUCAUCAGCGAGGACGACGAAGACGAAGACGACGAAAACUGAAUGGUCAGCCUCGUGGAUCCACGGCCGGAGUGCUACCAGUUAGCUGAGCUGUCGAGUAGCGUGGUUUUCGUCAAGCUCCUGCUUCCAUCUUACGUUUUUUUCAUUUUAUUUCGAUGUUUAGCACCUCAGUGUCACGUUAACUUUAACAACCAGUUUCUCCACAGCUCUUGUUUUUAAACAGCCAAUUCUGUCUCUGUGUAAUGGUCAGUAAAAGUUACCACUAUUCACUUGAGUUCUUUGAAAAUUCGUCUCAUUAAUCUCAGUCACUUUUGAUGUUGAUUUUUAAUAGACAAUGUCUUUUAGGAAUAUCUGCACGUGUCACUCUCUGUGUCACACUUCCAUCUCUAACGGUGUUCUUCAGGUUUGCAUUGUAGGAGUUUGUGGUUUUGUUCUUGUCAUGACUUUAGCGGAAGGGGCUCACGGGGGGUUCGGUUACUUGUUGGAACAGCACAUGUUGCCUUGGUGUGCGAGAGGUGACGCUGUUGAGUUUAUCCUGGAGUAGGUCCGAAAACUGAAGCUUUUAAUGAUCUGCUCAUUCAAUGGGGCAGUUUUCUAACAGGAAAUCAACCCGGCUUUUUAUGAAAUACCAGGGGAAACAAUCAAACCAGAGCUGAAUCUGAGAGUAGCGGUGUUAAUCGUCACUGAACAGCAGGUUUUUUCUGAAGUUUGUCGCCUGCUUUGGGCUGUGUGCGGCUGUGUGUAUGUGCAUGUGGUGUUUUUUGCGUACGAGCUCUAAAAUAACAUUGGCAUGUUUGAAUUGGCUCCUGUCAAACUUCUCCAUCUGUUGACAGUUCUGUGUUCAGCUUGACUUUACUGCAUUUAGUAAAAAAUUUGCUUACACAUGUUUUUGUUUUUGUCUGCGGAAGGAGAUGGGUCUUUGAAAGAGACCUAUCAAACUGGACGCCAGUUUUUUAAAUGUGGCAGAAGAGAAAUUCUCGUAAGGAUGGCAGGGAGGACCUGUUGAAAUGUUGACGUAGAAACUUAUUUUUGUAGAUUUCCUCUUUCCUUUCUUUAUCCUCUGUACAGAUGUGAUCUUAAUCAUCCCCCUUGUAGAAGCACUUUUUCAUGCUGAGCCGAGGAUCAACGUGAGAAACGCUGGACUUUUCUUUUCUUUCCUUUUUUGUGAUGUAGAUCUGGGCCAUUGGGGAGUCAACAUGUUCCCUCUGAUAUUCAUGUUAUGCUUAGGGAAAAUUCAAGGUUUUAAAGACCACACACACAGACACACACACACAGACACUAAUUGUCUGUGUUGUUGGCCUGGACUGAGUUUCACAUGUGGGUGAAGGGUUUGGGUUUAUGUAUCGGUGAAAGUCGUUUUUUUUAGUUUUUUUUUUUAGCUACCUCCUUCUUCCCUAAACUUCUUCUCUUUUCUUUAGAUGAGCACAAGGUGUGAGCGUUAUUUGUCCUUUCUGAACAGAGCCAUUGUUACAACACUGAACCAAUGUGACUGGUUAAAUAUUUGAUUUUCAGGCCUCGGUGUGUGUUUGUGUGCGCGCGAUUGUGUAUUCAUCCUGCAUCUCCAGUGAUAAUAAAGCAUGUGUUGUCUCCUAUAUAACCGACAAUGAACCAUCACAGGUGACCUGAAGAUGUAAUGCAAUACUGUUAAGACGACUCCAUUAUAAAUGUUGACGGAUCAAUCUGUUCUAGGCUUGGUUUCUCAAAAGCACCUGUGGUUUAAAAUCGGUCUUUGCUGCAGCGAUAGAAACUGGCUCUAUUCUCGUGUGUUGUGUGUCCGAUUUUAAGAUUUGCGGAGGUGGUAACAGUAAAGAAUUCCCAGUUAUAAAUGUUCUACUUUUGGUAUUUAAAAGUACUAAACUCGACUAAUCUGCUGAGGAAAUCCAGCCUAGAUUUUGGUGCUAAGCUACUUUUGGGAAGCCUUGCCUUGAUUCUUGUGGAAUCUGUUCUUUUUAAAAAUCAGUGUGAAACUUCUCAGAGCAUGUUGUCACGUCGGUGAAAGACUUGAGUGGCGAGUCAGUGACAGCCACUGCUGCAAAGAUUAACAAAAUGUAAAUGUUUUAACAGCAAGUGUUUUAAUCAAGUGUUAUUUUACAGUUUUUGGGGCUCAUUUUGUUUUAUGUCCUGGAUGUAGAGGAAGAAGACAGGAAAAAUGUAUUAAACAAUGUCGGCCAAAGCA